UCAGUGAUGCGCUCGCGCUCGGCUUGUGUUUGGACAGAGCGGCUCGAGCUUUAUGGGCUCCGAACGGCUCGAGCAUGAAGAGCGAGGACGUCACUUCUUCGCGCGACAUGCAGAGCGUCAAACCCGGAGCAGCGGUGUUGCCGUUCAGCGUGGAGGCGCUCAUGGCGGACCGGACACCAAGCCGGGCUGACAAAACUACCGGGUCGCGCGCGCUCUGGUGCGAGGACGGGUCCUCCUUCUCCUCCUUUUCCUCGGCUGUGCGCGAGGGAGACGCGUCACUGGAGGCGAAGAGCCCUGAGCGCGCGGACGCGAGCUCGUGGACGGAGAAUUCCCGUUUGACCCCACCUCCUCCUCCGCUUCCUCCUUCAAGGCGCCUCAGUCCUCCUGCGUGUCCCCUGAGGAAACACAAGACCAACCGGAAGCCUCGGACCCCGUUCACGACGUCACAGCUGCUGGCACUGGAGCGGAAGUUCCGGCAGAAGCAGUACCUGUCGAUCGCGGAGCGCGCCGAGUUCUCCAGCUCGCUGAGCCUGACGGAGACGCAGGUGAAGAUCUGGUUCCAGAACCGGCGCGCGAAGGCGAAGAGGCUGCAGGAGGCUGAGCUCGAGAAGCUGAAGAUGGCCGCCAAACCCAUGCUGCCUCCGGGCACUUUCGGGAUUUCAUUUCCGCUUGGGACGCACGUGCCCGGUUCCUACGGUGGAGGAGGAGGAGGAGGAGGAGGCGCACACGCGUUUCAGAGACCUUCCGUGCCCGUGUCACCCGUCGGACUUUACGCAGCAGCGCACAUGGGAUACAGCAUGUACCAUUUAGCAUGAGGCGCGUGCAAGUUUGUCCUUUUCACCCAGGGAUUCGAGGCACGAUAAUAAAUCAGACGGAACACUCACUGGCGAGCAUUAACACUUCCACUCAUGCACCAGAAACUCAGUCUCCAGGUGCCACUUUUAUUCACAUAAAUCACUGAGCGUGUGCUCAUAAAGCGUGCGCGCGCACACACACACACGCACACACACACACACACACACACACACACACACACACACACACACACACACUAUUUGCAAUGCGUGAGAAAGAUCCAGAAAAGUUUUAUCACGUGCUUUCAACAAGGGAUGCGCUGAACUGUAAGCUACUGUACAAUAAGGGGGGAAAACUUUUAUAAUAUGAUUAUAUUUGUUGAGUAAAUUAACAAUAAAUUGUUUAUUCUUUUUUUUUCCAUG